UAUUUAUUAAAUGUAUGGAUUAUACAAAUAGAUUGAGAAAAUACAUAUUAAAAGAGCAGGAAUAACAAUCAAACUGAAGUAAAAAGAAAAAUGUUUUGGUUGGAAUAUGCAGGGGAUGUUUCCCACUCACUUUAAUGAUACUAAAACUCAUCCCCUGCACUUUGCAUGUGUAAAUGUAGAGAUGGUAAUUAGCUGGUCGAGCUCUUAAAAGAUGAGAUAAUUGCUCAACCAUGUUCAUGGACUUGUAGUGUUGCUUCUAUGAUAACCAGAUUACCCACACCCCUGCAGUGUCUCAAUCAUGGUUAAAGAUCAAGAUCUUGAAGCCUCAAAAAAAAAAAAAAAAAAAACUUUAUUUAGUUUUUUGUAUAUACUACCUUUCAAAAGCUUGGGGUCAUUAAACUGAUCAAAAGUGACAGUAAAAGACAUUUAUAAUGUUACAAAAGUUUCUAGUCAUCAAAUAAUCCUGAAAAAAAAAAUUAAGCAGCACAGCUGUUUUCAACAUUGAUAAUAAUAAGAAAUGUUUCUUGAGCAGCAAAUCAGCAUAUUAGACUAGGUGAGUUCGAUUUAAAGGGUUAGAUAGUCAGUAUUGGCCGAUGCUGCACAUGUGAGCAGCACGAUGCAUAAGUGUGAUGCGGACGCAGGAGUCGGCCAAUAUUGAGUCUGCGUUCUGACGUAGAACCUGGAAGCGCUGCACUGUGUUUACAACGUCAACAGCAUAGGAGACUGACAUAGAAGAGAAGAAACUUUUGAAUAAUGUCAUUUUUUUUGUUUUUGCGCACAAAAAAGUAUUCUCGUCGCUUCAUAACAUUAAGGUUGAACCACUGUAGUCACAUGGACUAUUUUAACAAUGUCUUUAGUACCUUUCUGGGCCUUGAAAGAUGCAAUGUCGUUGCUGCCUAUGUGUGGUUUAGAUACCCUCGGAUUUCAUCAAAAAUAUCUUAAUUUGUGUUCCGAAGAUGAAUGAAGGUCUUGCGGGUUUGAAAUGACAUGAGGGUGAGUAAUUAAUGACAGAAAUUUCAUUUUUGGGUGAACUAACCCUUUAAUGAGGUGCCACGCAGACCGAUUGGUGCCUGACAAACGCAAUGCAUUCUGGUUAGAAAGUUUGCCUGACUUUGAUCAGCGCCGUUGCCGCGUCACGAUCCUGUGUGCCAUCAAAGUACCGCGAGAGCAAGAUGAGACCAGCCGCCUCGGUCAGGUGCUGCAGUUGCCUCAAAUCGGCUUCACGAGCUCUGAUGACGGCACAGCUGUUUCAUGAUUGGCCGGAUUCACUGAAGACAACGAUCACGUGUGUUUUGUGUUAAUUCUGACACAUUCAGCUUAGGUGAUGAUCACAAAUUUGUGUUUUUAUAAAAGUAAAAACUCUUUUCAUGUAACCUUAAUGUUAUAUUAUGUCAUGUUUAUCAAAAUAAAACUGAUAAAAAAAUAUAGACCCACUUUAUUGGUAUUUAAAUAGUAUAGGCUUAUGUUGAACUUUAUGCCUGUACAUAUAUGGUGCUGUUUUAAGCAGUACAUAGAGGAUUGAAUGAAAAGUGUUUUUGUUGCUUCAUGAAAAUGUUUAAAACGUCUGUGUAUUGGACAAAUAUUGCAUCUAAUCUACAAGUGAUGUGUGAUAAAGUAAGCAAACACCUCGCGAGGAAGCAGAAAGUGUCCGACUUCACGUCUCCGUUUUAAACUCCUUCCCAUCUGCAAAUGUAGAUGUCGACCGUCGUAUAGAAGCCUAGUAUAGUUCAAUUCAAACACGUUUAAUGAUUUCUGUAGGAUCACGUGACACUGAAGACUGCAGUAAUAGCUGCUGAAAAUCCAGCUUUGCCAUCACAGGAAUAAAUUACAUUUUAAAAUAUAUUAUAAUAAAAAACUGUUAUUUUAAAUAAUGAUAAAAAAACAAUCAAAAAAUCUUACCAUCCCCAAACUUUUGAAAAGUAGUUUAAGUCUUUAUGUGUUAAUUUACAAUGUAAAUAAUUUUUAGCUUUAUCUGUUAUGUUUUAGAUCUUGUGGUUUGGUUAUUACAUUUUUACAUUAACCAGCCACCGUGAGUUUUAAGUCAUAUUUGCACAAAUAUGUUAGUGAAUUAAUUUAAUAUGAAUAAAGAUGUUGAACAUUCAUAAGGUUUUCACACAUCUACAUCUGUAAAACUACAGUUUGGAAAUGUGUGUCUCUUCAGCACAGUUAUAUUUAUUGGCAGUAGUGUUGUUUUGGUGGUGGUUCUUGUAUACCGAACAGCUCUAUUUUUUUCUGUAGAGCAGAACAUGGUCAACUUUAUAAAAGGAUUUUUAUUUUUAGUGUAGUGGGAUAGGACUGGUUAAAGUUAUGAUUGUGUGGGCAUUCACAACUUACCUGUUGUAAAGAUAUAUGUGUGUCUGUGUCGUACAGAAAUGAAUAAUAUUCCUAAAAUAGAUAUAAGUACUUGGAUGAAGAGACCAGUCAUAUCUAUCUUUGUAAGAAAAGGAUGUUUACAGCGCCACCAGCCGUGUCCGUCCAGCACUGCCUCAAACAACAAACACUCGCGCGCGGCAGUGACGUCAUCACGGUGUCGUGCGCGUUCAUACAUCUCAAAUUUUCGUUGAAAAUGAACAACUUCGAGAAAAUCGUGGCGGACAAAGUCCGUCAACACAGGUAUCUCUAUGAUCCGAAGAUGCGCGAUCAUGCUGACAUUCAAAUGAUUAAAAAUGCAUGGAACGAGAUCGCCGCCGCCACGGGAAAAGACGAGGUAGAUUGCCGUAGAGCGUGGAAGAAUUUAAGAGACAAGUUUGUGAGGAUCAAGAAGAGGGUCUACACAAGAAACAUUGAAUCAAGUCCAUACACGAUCAUGACAGAGCUGGGAUGGUUAUGCCAAUUUGUUAAACAUCGGGAAAGAGGCCCAAAUGUAAAGGAUAUAUAUAAAGUGGUCUCCGUUGAAGAACAACUGAAGACAAACAACUUCCCAACCUCUCCGGCAUCAGGAACAUCAGAGACUGCAACUUCUGGCAACCCUUCUUCACCCCUGUCCCUCAUGCCAUCAUCGCCACUUCUUCCCACCCCAUCCACUCUUCCACUCUGUCCAUCACCCAAACGCAGCCCCUCGCCCUGUUCAAUUUCAGCUUACCCUGCCCCAAGCAUCUCAUCCUGUUCCAAUGCCUCACCAUCUUCUACUGACUUAAUGCCUAAGAGAAUGUCUACCACUGAAGAAGCCUUACUGAAGAUACUGGAGCAGCUGGACUGGGAGAGGGAGAGGGCCAUGCAGCAGGACACUGAAGAUUUCAGAUUUGCUGCUGUCAUUGCUGACAUGUUGUCAAAAAUUGAUCCUCAGCAGAAGCCUGAGGUUAAAUUCAAGAUCCAUCAAGUACUAUAUGAAGCUGUGCAAAAAACCCAAACAUAGACAGCAUCAUGUUUUCACUGAGACUAUAUAUAUAAUUUCACAGAUGUGUUUGUGUGGUACCUUUAUUAUAUAUUGAAUAAAAAUAUCAAAAUUCA